AGUCAAUCGCAGAAGUGAUCCUCGAACGACGAAGAAGCACGUGGAAACCCUCUCGCUAUCUCGCCUACUUCAAGCAUCAGCCGUUUUGCGCGCAUGCCUUGUUCGCCUUUCAUCUGCGAUCAACGACGCGGUUUCUCCUGCGUCCUUUGUGGCUGGUCACGCUGGGAGCAGCUCGAAAAAAGAUUGCAGGACUGCUCGUUAGAAUGCCCAUUAAAAUAGAGGCUAGCACUGGAGGACGACAGGAUCCGCUUCAUAUUGAUGUUCUCAUAUUUCUGCACGAGCUACCUCAAGACUUCCUUGUCAACAAGAAAUUGAAAUGAUCACCAUGUUUAAGUUUAUAUCAUAGCGCGCAUUCCAUUUCCAUAUCUAUCAUGUUUCUGCGAACUUGAUACAUCACUUCUGCUCAGAACAAUCAAUCAAACCCAACACUGUAGGACACUAGCUUUCCUUGAGACAAUAUUCUUCCGACUUCCAAGAAAAUAAGCCUCGCCGGCCCUAAUUGAUCGCUGUAUGGGCGAAGCAUUUACUUUUACCUAAGUAAAAAAAUGAUCAUACAGAUACUAUUUGUCAACAUGUCGAUGAACUAUUAACAUGGUUUUGUCGCUGUGCAAACAUAUGUACAACAAGCUCGAACAAGGAAAGAGCAUGUGUGCAAUCCAGCAUUAACAUCAACACUUUGUGUUUGAGCACUUGGCGUAAUCAGCUUCCACCUAGUGAUUUUCGUGUCAGAUCAUCAUUCCACUUUUUAAUGAGUAAUGUUAUUACUUGUACUUUUUUGAAAGGAACGAAGAUGGCGCUGACGCACCACAGGCUAGGGUAAAGGGAAGGUGACGAAGCCACCGCGAGCAUAAACAUCCUCGUGAAUAAAAGUACCAGUAGCAGUACUAGUCCGAAACGGCGACAACACCUUCUCGUCACGUUUUCAGAAGUUGUCUCCCUUCAUCCGUAUCUUCGUUUGUUUGGUUUUAUUUGUAGAAUAUAAAUGUUAAUUAUGUUACAUUACAAGCGUCUGCUUGUGCUUGUGGUUGUGCUUUCGGUUAUUUCAUCUACAUUUAGUUCAGGUUCAUCACUCAAAUCCAAAUGUACUAUGAUAACGUAGGUUCUUGGUACAGCUGCAACAAGUUAAAGUAAGUCCAAGUCGACACAGAUCCACACUGCCCUUGACAAGGAUCCACGACCUAUUCAACAUUCUACUAAGAGUCACGACCACGUCGAUUAUGCACUUGGUUGUAUUUUCUCCAGCACUGUAACAGUAUGAUAAAAUCUUCUGGCACUAUGUAAAUACAAAUACUUACAUACAAGAGGACUCGGACGAAACCACGG